AGCAUCAGGCACGAAUUCAAAUAACAAUUGACAUCAAACAGCAGCCUGUAAGCUCUGUCACAUUAAACGCAAAGCUGGGGCCGUCAAUUAUACCUCACUUCAAAUCAUCACCUAAUUAAUAAACUUACGUAUAUACUGGCGUCCCAUCAGUAGAUACAUGCAGUGACCCGCUCAUACCUAUGGCCACUCGACGUAUCUACCUUCUUACCAGACCACAUAUACAUACUGGUCAAUCAUCAAUAUGUCUAUCACCUCGCACCCAAAUCGCCGUCCAGUCUCGUCAUAACAGUACAAUAUCAUCUCCCGUCCUCUCCCGCCUUCGACCAGACCUCAAGAAAGCAAUGCAAAAUAAGGACAAGACGCGUCUCAAUGUUCUACGAGGUAUCUUGGCUUCAGUGAAUGAUGCUUCGAAGAUUGGGAAGCCUGUAGAGAAUGACGCAGCACUACUUGCCCUUUUCAAGCAGGAGAUCAAGAUGGUGACCAGUGCGAAAGCUGAAGCCCUUCAAGCAGGACGAACGGAUUUGGUGGAAAAACAAGAUGAGACAAUCAGUGUGCUGAAAGAGUACUCUGGCAUGGUCAGCCUUGUCAGUGAGGAUGAGAUUCGCGCGGUUGUGACAGAGGUAGUGCAAGAGCUAGGGAAAGGCGCACAUGUGGGCUCGAUGAUAGGUAAGGCAAAGGAAAAGCUGAGCGGAAGAGCGGUGGAAAUGAGUGAUGUCGCAAAAGCAAUUAAAGCAGUUAUUUCAUGAACACCUACCAGAUAAAAGAACAUAAGUGUUCUUUAAACUCCAGCGGCCAGGAUAGCAUAGCUGCCAUAUGGACUUUCAUGAUUUCAC